AUGCCGCCCGGCGUCAGGCUCGUGGCGUUCGGGAUCUUCCUCGUGAUUUUAGUCCGUGGAGACAUUUGUCCGGAGGAAUGUGAAUGCGCUAAUGCGACUUCGCGCGGCUUGUUGAUGGAUUGCAGCCGCAGGAACCUGGAGAAAGUUCCGGAUAUUCCACUCUCGGCAGAGGAAUUGGACCUUCGGCAAAACCAGAUCACGAGCGUUCUGCCCGGGACCUUCGAUGGCCUACUCAACCUGAAAAGGCUCAACCUAUCGGGUAACCCGCUGCACUGCGGCUGCGACGUGGAAUAUCUAGUAUUGUGGCUGGCGGGCCAGGAUGCAGACAGCGGCGCGCGAUGCGUCUCACCGGCGACGCUGUCCGGGACGCCGGUAUCGGGGGCGCUCAUCACCUCCUGCACCCGUCCGCAUGCGCCGCCGUGCUCGCAUUUCCUCCUGAGGGACGCCGUCCUCCUGGCUUCUCUGUUCAUUGCGAUCGCUCUGACGGUCAUUUGCCUGAGAACGCUAAAAUUUAUGUGGUUUAGCCUCAAAGUGACAGAAAAUGACAUCACAUUUCAGUGCCAGAGAUUUACCCGACGCUCCUCCCUAAAGAGAAGAUUAAACGGCCGCAAUAAAUGCAAGCGAUAA